CUGCUCUGGCUCGUUCCCUUUCCCUGUAGCAAGCAUGCGGACAUGCGGUAGGUAAUCAGCCUGUUGCACUACAACUCCCAGCACGAUACAACUCCCAGCACCCCGUACCCCAAUAGAGGGGAGUAUAACUUCAGCUAGGAAUUCGCGUGUGUAAAUGAUCAGCAAGCCCAAAGGAAGAAUAGACACUUUAAACUCUCUCAUCUCUUGCUCAACUGCAACAGGUCGGGCUCUCAGGCCAUUCCGGGAGUUGCAGUCGCAAGUGAGCCGCAUAUCCAUCCCUCCUGCUCUCAGCUGACUUGCGAUGACUCAGUCGAAAGAGUAAAAAAAAAAAAGUCGUGACUCAUGUCGCCUUAUUUGCAACCUGAAAGACUUUCCAUGGGAUGAGGGGAAAUCCCUGAGAUAAGCCGCUGAGCCCCCUAAAUCUCCCCAUAGAGUCCGGCAGCGGCAGCCCCGAGCUACUCAUUCAGCGAAACUCCACGCACUUUCUCCGGCCCGCGCUGAUUGGCUGAGAGCGCUGAGGCAUAGGCGCUGCUAUUUAAGUCAUGCCUAGUUUUGGGACUAAUUUAAAGUAAUCUCUUCAAGCAUCAGCCAUACAGACGUCUCUGCCCCCCAAAGGAAUUGCAACUACUUGUAGGAUGAGGCACUUGUCAGGAAUUGUGCAACUGCUGAUCCUCCAGUGUUGGUGUCUGUUGAUUAUAACAGCGAUGCCAUUGGACAUUAAAGAUGAAAUCUGCUUAAACUCCAACAACUGCAAUGAUAACACCACCUACAUUUGGCACCAAAUCCAUAAUAAGAUAAAAGAGCUGGCAUCUGGAGCAAAACAUCUGUAUGAAAAAUAUUAUGAAGGUCAAGGUUUCAACAGCAAUACAGUUGACAAGAUCUGUGACCCAGUGAUUGUACACUUUCCAAAGUUUAAUGCAACCAACUCUUCAGAGAAAGAAAAGGCUAUUGAGCUUUUCAGCAUCUUCAGUUAUGUCUCUGCUGCCCUCGGCAACAUCACCAAUGUCCAGAAUGAAAUUAAUUCCAAAAAUAAAUUACUACUCAGUGAACUAGAAAAAACCCUAAGCGGAGUCAAGGGAAUUCUAUCCAAUCUGUCCUGUUUUCUUUGCAAAAAGUACCAUGUAUAUCACGUGAGUGUAUAUUAUGGUCCUCCUUUACCGAGAAGUAGGUUUGAUCAAAAGGCACAAGGUUGCAAAAUGCUCAAAAAAUACAAACAUUUCAUUCACCAAGCAGUGGAUGCAACUAUGAUCCAUCACCCGUACGAAAGUGAAACACAAAAUCCUUAAUGCCUUAAAUUUCAGGCACUAUGAAAGUAUCUUACUUGGGACAUACUGCAAGCUGUUGCUGCACAAGACCUGGACUACUAGGAAGGCCAAAGGAUAAUAUAGUAAUAGGAGUGCAAAUUAGACAUGGAAUGAGCAGUACAGGAAUAGGCAAAAGCAUACUGGCAUGAUGGGAAACAAUGCAACAAUGCACCAACCAUCUAGAAGAGACUGCAUGUAAUAAUGGAUUACUGAGCAGUAUGGAUUACUAUCUAACUUUCAACACUUCCUGUUCCACGUGAGAAAACUAUUGAAGUCUUCCAAAAAAUAAAAAAAGGCAUGUGAUGAAAAGAAAACCUAAAUGAACCAAGCAAGAUUCAAGGACUGCAUGAAUGUAUGGGUUGUUAGAACCCAGUUUUGAAAAGGUAUCACUGAUCAUUUUUUAAAGGGGGUACAUCUUUGAAAAUUGACAUGAGGAAAAUGAAUGUAUUAUAGUGAAUAUGGGGUAAGCAUGACUUUUCAGUUGAGAGCAUAGUCACCUACAAUGGCUAAGCAGAAAAGUAUUAGAUUUAAUACUAUAGUAUUAUAGUAAUUAUAUUCAGAUCCAAUAUGGCUCGUUUAUGUACAGAUCAAGAGGGAUAUUAGUGGGAUGGCCUUGAGCAUCAACCUAAUGCUGACAAUUGUAAACCAUUGGAUACCUGACCAAAAACUGAUCAAAUACCAAUCCUUAGGACUGACUCCCACUUAACCUUUUGUCUGGUGAAUGGGUGAAUUAUUUUGAAUGGAUGUUUCAUCCAUGCUUGAAUGGUCUUGUUAGGUCAAUGACAGAAAAACAUAAUUAGGCUGGUUCAUAAAUGAGUCCCAAAGGGUAUCUAGAAUAUUUCACUUCCCAAUCUAGUUCUUAUUCAGAGACUCCAGCACUUAAAAACAUCAUAAGCCUCAGUCACUUAAAUAGUGAAAGAUUGUUGAUAGGGUCACACAACGUGUGGGUGUAGUAACCAUAUGGGUGUGGAUGAACCAGCAAAUUUUUUUGUACUGAAAUUGUACAUUCCAUGAUUAUUUAGUACUGAAAUUGUACAUUCCAUGUUUAUUUAUGUAUUUAUUAUAGUUGUAUUUAAGUUAUAUUAUCAUUUUGUAACAUUUGGUCUCUGGGAUUUUUUUACAGCGUUUUGUAUGUAUUUUUUUUCCAUUGGUUAACCAAAAAGAAGGGUUUAUUUAAGUAAUUUAUUUUAUUUAUUAUUUAUAUAAUUUAUGUUGUGGUCCAUAACAUUUGUAAAUUAACUAUGAAGAGUCUGAAAUGAUACUAUGUAACACAGGAAUUUAAUACUGUAAUACAACUUAAGACCAUAGGCUUUAUUUAAAGGCACAAGUACAGUAUGCAAAUUGUGCAUAAGGCUCCAUGUAUUUACCCACAAUUCCAGCGCUAGUGUGGGUGCAAGGUGGCAGUGUGCCUAAUGCAAUUGUGGCUGAUGUGUUUUCCAUGUGUACUUUGCAGUGAAUCGGGCACAGUUGGGCUGAAUAUAUUUUGUGUUGGAAUGUCGUCAUUUACAGGUCUCACUAUAAAAAUGAUGUUUGUGCUCGAUUCUUUAGACACAAGUAAACUACAUCUAUUGAUGCAGACUGCUAUGGGAACCUUGGAACUACCAUCACCUUGGAUUUGGCGGUAGCUUCAGAGUUUCCCUAUGCCAAUAGGUGUAAGGGAACCCUGGGAAGUAUUGGCGCUUUGAGCUAAAAUGUGCAAGUGCACAGAGUGGCUUUAGACUUAUGUAACUGCACUUAUUGUCUGUAAAUGGGCCCUAAUGUGUUCUUCUUAAAACGGGUGUACCAUCCAAUUUUACCUACACUUAUAAAGCAGUUUCCCAUUUCCAUAAAGUUUAUGGGGAAUAGUGAAAAAUAGACGAAGUGCCCAAGCAGCCAAGAGCAUCACAUUAUAGCUACUAGAAUCAGAAAACUGUCUGUCUCAGAAGGUCUCGAUCUCAAAAGCUAGACUCUGCUGUCUCUUUAAAACUACAUUUGCUGAAUUCUUUGAACACUAGCAGUUAAUUGGUUUCAUUAAAAAAAAUAUUAAUUCUACUUUUAUUGACCUAAAUGUGAGCUCAUUUAGCAGCUGUAUGGGUGCAUUUAGUAUUAACCACUUAUUACUUCAUAUAAACAUGUACUGUACAUUGAUUGCUGAAGCAGAGACAGCAUGUACCUUUAAAGUAAAUGUACUGGAACAAAUACAGAAUGUUACAUUGUUUCAAAUCUGUUAUGAUAUUGAGAUAUUUAUAAAUAUAUUUUUGUAUUUUUGUAUUUUUGCAAUAAAAUAUUUCUUUUGAA